CAGUUGACCGCGGGACGCCACGCGUGUCCGACCGCUCGCGACCGUGAGUGCAGUGUACGACUAUAUGUGACAUCAAACAAUGUUAUAGUGUUUGUGAGUGCAUAAAACAAAAUGAAGUCUCGGUGUAGACGUGCGUCCGCCGCGACGAUCGGCGCGCUACUGACAAUAAUCGUGUGCGCAGUGCCCGAAGUUAGCUCGGUGGAGGGGAGGGAGUCGCAUAGGUAUACGAUAGAGGAGCUCAUGACGAUGCAUGUGGAGCAUAAGGAUUCUGGGGAUCUUGGGAUGGAUCCGUGCAAAGCUGGUAACUUCCAAGGCGACAUCGCCUUACAAGACACAGACUUCAAACCCAUGAAGCCUUCCUCCAAAAUCAAUAAGUCUCUACAAGAAGAAGUAGAGAGGUUAAAGAAGGAAGUACUACUUGAAGGGUUACAGGUAGAAGAAGAAGGUUUGCCAGAUAUAUUGAGGAAGAGGACAAAGCAACCGGCGCCGGCGCCAGAGAAGCCAAAGAAGUACAAUGACGCGAUGCUAAUGACAAAGGUUUUACCUUCGGGCUUAGACAAAUCAAUAUUGUUAAAAAAUGGUAAACUGCCACCCGGAGAAAUGCUAGAUAAUAUAACUAGUAAAAUUAAUCAAACCAAAGAAGAAUUAGUUACUAAUCAAACUAGCCCCAUUGAGAAUCUGACUGAAUCAGAAAGCUUAGAACAAGAUGGUGUUCUAGUCGUUAAUAUUUCAACGGACAAUAUUUUAAAUUUAGAUGAACUAUAUCCAAAUAUGCAUUUAACAAGCACUGCCAACAGAGUCGAUGAGAGAAAUAAAAUCCAGAGCAACAGCCGUGAGAUAACAGGAGACUCGAAUAAUAAUAUAAAAGUGAAAUCUCCACCUGAAAAUGUGACAAUGGCUCCUGCUCCAACUAACGGGGUUCUAGUCACUAACGAAAGAGAGGAAGAUAUUGAAAGUGUGGAAAAAGGAGUCAUCAACAAAACCGGUGGUGAUUUAAAUGGGAAAUUUCUAGAAGCCAACGAUUUAUUGAAGCCGACUGAAAGUUUGCAGAGUCUGACAGAAGAGACGUCGAGCAGACAUCGAAGAAGGCGAAGAAGACACGGUAAUGGGAGACGGUUAAGAAACAUCCACUCAGGCGAAAGAUCCGGGAAAAAUACACUCAAAUCGGAUGAGCAAGGAGAAAAUCAAUCGGGGCGUAAAAAAAAUUUUCGUCACCGAAAAAAGCACUCAAGCAGAGAACAUAGCGGAGAAAAUAGAAAACUGGUUGUACCAGAACAUGAGUUCGAAGAGAAAUUCGAUGUAAAACCACCCCCGAAGAAUAUUAUAGAAACCGGGAGUGGACAAAAUCAACAAUUUAACAAUUGGUUUUUUCGUGACACCACUGAAGAUUUAGAUUCAAUGGAAAGCUACCAAAGCAGUAACGGGACCACCGUUCGUCACCGCUCCAUUCGCGCCGCCACCAACCGCAAGGAACGCAUCUGGGAGAACGGCGUGAUCCCCUACGAGAUUGAUGGGAACUUCAGCGGCGCCCACAAGUCCCUCUUCAAGCAGGCCAUGCGGCACUGGGAGAACUUUACGUGCGUGAAGUUCGUCGAACGAGAUGUGCUGCUGCAUAAGGAUUAUAUCGUGUUCACGGAGAGACCUUGCGGAUGCUGCUCUUUCGUCGGCAAGCGCGGCGGGGGCGCCCAGGCCAUCUCCAUCGGCAAGAACUGCGACAAGUUCGGCAUCGUCGUGCACGAGCUCGGGCACGUCGUCGGCUUCUGGCACGAGCACACGCGCCCCGACCGCGACCGGCACGUGCAGAUCAUCAGGGACAACAUCAUGAUGGGACAAGAAUAUAACUUCAACAAGCUAACAGAAGAAGAAGUGAACUCCCUCGGGCAGACGUACGACUACGAUUCUAUCAUGCAUUACGCGAGGAAUACCUUCAGCAAAGGCACAUACUUGGACACUAUUCUACCGCUGGAGGUCCAUGGAAAGAAACGGCCGGAGAUCGGACAGCGAGUCAGAUUGUCCGUGUCUGAUAUAGCGCAGACUAAUCUGCUGUAUAAGUGUGCUAAAUGUGGUCGCACGCUCCUUGGCAACUCUGGAUGGUUCAACUCGCCCGGCUGGGGCUCAGAGACCGCACCGGCCACACCGGAGCGCUGCGAGUGGCGCAUCGUAGCUACACAUGGCGAGCGAGUAGUACUUAACAUCACCGAAAUCGACAUCCACAAAUCCGAAGAGUGCCGCUCCGAAUGGGUGGAGAUCCGUGACGGCUACAUGCCAAAUGCGCCGGUCUUGGGGCGUAUAUGUGGCUCCGGGAAGGGUCCCAUGAUGAGGUCUACGGGGUCCAGGCUGACUGUGGUUUACCAACCGGGGCUUAGGCCUAAGCCGUUUAAAGGAUUUAAAGCGCAUUAUGAAGCGGUGUGUGGCGGAGACAUAGAAGUGGACAGCAGCGGCCAUCUUGAGUCCCCGAACUACCCGGACGAUUACCAGCCCAACAAACUGUGCAUCUGGAAGCUGUCUGUGCCUGAAGAUUACCAAGUGGCCCUCCGUUUCCACUCGUUCGAAGUGGAGAAUCACGACACCUGUUCCUACGACAAGGUGAAAGUGCGUGAUGGACACUCCAUGGACAGUCCGCUUAUUGGAGUAUUCUGUGGACAUAAGAUUCCUCCUGACAUCAGAUCCACAUCCAACAAACUGCUCGUAAUCUUCGAGUCAGACAGCUCAGUGCAAAAGGCCGGGUUCUCCGCCACCUUCAUGAAGGAGUUCGACGAGUGUUCCAUCAUCGACCACGGCUGCAGCCAUUCGUGUGUCAACACGCUGGGCGGAUACGAGUGUGCCUGUGAUAUUGGCUACGAGCUGCAUUCUGAUGGAAAGAAGUGUGAAAACGCCUGUGGUGGAGUCCUGGAUGCUCCUAAUGGCACCAUCACUUCCCCGUCUUUCCCCGACCUGUACCCGCCCUCCAAGAACUGCUUGUGGGAGAUCGUGGCCCCUCUACAGCAUAGGAUCACUCUCAACUUCACACAUUUUGAUCUGGAGGGGAACAAUAUGUAUCAACAGGAAUGCGAAUACGAUAGCGUGACAGUGCACUCUCGUCUGAGUGCUGAAAAGUUACGGAGGCAUGGCGCUUUCUGUGGCUCCCAACUGCCUCCCCCUGUUACUUCUGAUGGAAACGUGUUAAGAGUUCAGUUCACCUCCGACGCGUCAGUCCACCGGUUCGGCUUCGCUGCAGCCUACUACAUCGACGUCGACGAAUGCGCUGAAAACAAUGGCGGAUGCCAGCACGAGUGUCACAACACGUUGGGAGGAUAUGAGUGUGCCUGCCGCAGUGGAUUCACGCUGCAUCCGAAUAAGCAGGACUGCAAGGAGGGCGGGUGCAAGCAUGAUGUGACGCAGCCGCAUGGGACUAUUGUCAGCCCGAACUAUCCCGAUCUGUAUCCAUCGAGGAAGGACUGUGUGUGGCAGUUCUCAACCACCCCUGGGCACCGGGUCAAACUGAUUUUCAACGUCUUCGAGUUAGAGCCACAUCAGGAAUGCGCUUACGACCACGUAACCAUCUACGACGGCGCAUCAGCCGACGAGAAGACCCUCGGCCGUUUCUGCGGCGGUAAGCUACCGCAUCCUGUCGUCGCGUCGCAGAACCAGAUGUACGUCGUGUUCAAAUCAGACGUAUCCGUGCAGAGGAAGGGAUUCUUGGCUACGCAUUCCACUGCAUGUGGUGGCUACCUGUCUGCUACAGAAUCCGUGAAGCACCUGUACUCGCACGCGCGCUACGGUGACGACUCGUACGAAUCCCGCGCCGACUGCGACUGGAACAUCGUGGCGCCGCUCGGACACUUCGUCAAGCUCACCUUCCUGACUUUUGAGCUUGAGCCGGAGUCGCAUUGUGGAUACGAUUAUGUGCAGAUCUUUGGGGGGUAUGAGGGGAGUGCGGGGGACUAUGGGAAGUUCUGCGGGACUGUGAUGCCACAAGAGCUGAUCUCCACAACAGAAGCCCUCCUCGUCCGCUUCCGCACCGAUGACUCCAUCGUCUUCAAAGGCUUCUCCGCGUCCUACCAGGCCAUAAAGCCAGAAGUAUGGAGCGGAGAAGAUAGUUCGGAGGGCGGGGAAGAUGAGGAGGAGGAUGAACGGAUGCCACCGCUGGUGGUGGGGAGAAGGGGGUUACGCGCGCCGUCACCCAGGUUCGUGCGGCGACCCACGUGACGCUGGCCGCUGCCGCGCCACCCGCGCCACCGCCGCCCGCACCGCACCUUCCCCCGCAACACCGAGAAGCUCUAAACACACCCCAUCAUGACU